CGAAGAGCAUGACUGAGUACGUCGAGUUUGAAGGGGUGUAGGGAGGAACAUUGCAAUAGAGAAAUAAACUAGUUUGGAGCAUGGACGAACUAAAGCACCAGGUUAUGAUAAACCAGUUUGUUUUGAUAGCUGGAUGUGCCUCAGACCAGGCGAAGCAGCUUCUCCAGGCGGCACACUGGCAGUUUGAGACUGCCCUAAGCUCCUUUUUUCAGGAAGCAAAUAUUCCCUACAGCCAUCAAAUGAUGCGCACACCUGCCAACACCCCAGCAACGCCCCCCAACUUCCCGGACGCUCUGGCCAUGUUCUCCCACCUGCGAGCCUCCGAGAGUAUCGGUGCCAGUCCGAUUGCCUCCAUGGCCACCUCUCCUACUCCCUACUGGGCUGUGGGACCCACACCACCCUCCAGCCAGCAGGGGCUUUGGGCAGCUGCUCAGCUUCCUUCUCACACCGCCGUUAGCCAGCAGCCGACGUCUGAGCAGCCUUUAGAGGCCGAGAGAUGAGAACAAGCUCCUGCUGGGCCUCGACGAUGCAGGAUGAGGAAGGACGCCAUGACGAGAAGUGGGUAAAGCACUGAAAGACUGAGAAACAGGAGUAAUGAAGACUGAGCAUGUGUUCUCAUUCAGAGACAGAACAGAAAACGUCACUGGGGUGUUUUUGUUUGUUUGUUUGUUUGUUUGUUUAUCCAGUGAUCCCCUGGAUGAUACAUGUACUCAGACCUCAAGGUGCACAAGUUUGUAUGGGUUUAUUAGUUUAUUUCUCAUCGUUCACACAGGAGUUUUAGUCAGAGUCUUUUCUUCCCCCCCCCACAGUGUUUGCACUGAAACGUCUAUAAUUUUCUAAUGUACUUUUGUUCUUUGUAAUAGAAAACAGUGUCUGUCAGACGCGGUCUGUUGUAAUCGUGCUUGAUGAUGCUAGACCAGGAAAGAAGGCUGUACAAUACAAUAACGGCUAAAACGAUUGAAUUAUUACCAACAUUUUGGUCAAUAUCUGGACAUGACACUUAUUCACUGUUAUAUAUUUUAUCAUGUUAAAUAAAAACAGCUUUUCUUUUGCACCACAGCAAAUACAUGGAAAUAACUUUUACGUAACACAAACAUCACAAUCAGUUAUGAGGAUGCCCAAAAAAACAUGAGGAAAAUACAAUUAAAUUAGCUUUAGAGUUUAUUCCAGCAUAACGUAUGAAGGCGCCGCUGAGUGAGUUGCUCUCAGGGAGGCUUUUAGGAGAAAAGAGCUCAUGUCAGUGAUAUUUAGUGAGUUGCUCUCAGGGGAACUACUGCUGUGGCUCUGAGCUCACUUCAUCAAGAGACCAAGGUCAGUAGCGUGUGUGAGGAGACUGGACGCAUCACAGACAGCACAAUCCCUGUCCCUUCUAGCACCCAUGGGAGCUAGAUGCGGCAGGUCUGUAUACGUCUCGGGAACAACACCGGAUACAAAGAAGAUGCUAAGAUGUGGGUGAAUAGAAAUGACUGCUUAAAGGUAAACCACAACUGCAUCUGUGUUCUGGGGGAAUACCAAAUUUCCCCUGGGGGAUUAAUAAAAUUCUCUCUCUCUCUCUCACUCUCUCUCUCUCACUCACUCACACCCCAACACUGUGUCACGCAUCAUGACUAGCAUGACAGUCUUUUGACAUAUGUCAAAAACCUUGUCUCAGUGGAUGUACAUUCAAUUUAAUUUUCAAUUCAAUUUAUUUGUGUAGUGCUUUUAACAAUGGACAUUGUCUCAAAGCAGCUUUACAGGAUUAUAGAAGUAUAGAAUUUAAAAAAAUUGAUGUUUAAAGUUAAGUUUCUAUUUAUCCUUAACAUGUCUCCCUAAUGACAAGCCUGAGGCGACAGUGACAAAGAAAAACUCCCUGAGAUGAGGAAGAAACCUUGAGAGGAACCAGGCUCAGAAGGGAACCUCAUCCUUAUUUUGGUGACACUGGACAGUAAAUAUGUGGAAUUGUGCAGCCAAGAGCGGACUAGUAGGCCAGAGUAAUUUCUUAACAAUAAUUCCUUCCUGCCUAAAGCUGACUAGUGCAACAGAGACGGCGUUAUCAUCCCCGAGUGGUUCGAUCACAGCAGUCCCCUUGGUCACAGGCUGUCCCCAGCAGCAGUGAGCACCACCAAGGGACGAGACUCCAACCAGGGGUAGAGCGUCUGGAUGGAUCAGGCAGGUCCAGGGAGAAGAAGUGGUCACGUUGGGAACUCAGAACACUGGGAGCUCGGGAGUGGGACGUAAAGCUCAACAGGGACAGAGAGAGAGAAAAAUAUUAGGUAUGCUUGUGAUCAUAUGAUGGUUAAAGACAAUGUACAUUGUGUACAUGCAUGUUGCUUUUCUAUGCAGUUUUUUCUUGUGUAUUUCUCCAUUAAUGUUAAUAUUGCAUAAGCAGCCGGAAACUAACUUGCUCUGUUAUGGCCAGCAGUAGUGUCUACACCCACGUAACAUGACGCUUGUUGCAUAAUGAGCAACCUGUAAUUCAUACAGACUCGCAUAAUGGCAUGUGACCUUGCUGUAUUUAAUUAAUAUCAAAUAUUAUAAUUAAUAUCAGCUCAAAGAACACAAUGUUCUUGUUUUUUCUACCUUAUUUUGUCACACCAAUGAUGCUGCUUUAAGACUAGCACUGAAAUAGAAAUAGUGGUAUUUAUAUCCACUACAAUUGCAGCGAUAAGAUAAUUAGUGUGUCCUUUUCACCUUUAUGUGCCAGAAUUUGACUUUUGCAGGUUAACUUUACAUCGCUGUCGAGCUUCUCCAACAACAGUGCAGUGAAACAACGGCAAACUGAAUCAGGAGAAGUGUUAGAGAAAAUCUGCAAGCUGUGUGGAAUUAAAGGAACAGCUUCAUUACUCCACAUUAACCUGUAGCCUCUAGCUCUGGCUACCAGCUUGCUGUCAGAUAUGUUCUUCCUCCUCAGAGCUAUCAGAAGGAUGAUAUCUAUCUAAUCGUAGGUGCUUUGCUCUAUCCAGUUUAUUCUAUUUCCUUUCUCUUGAUUUGUGAGUUAUGUUUUUUAUUUCUAUAAUGUAAAGGCAUUUUUAUGCAUGUAAGCUAGCAGGCAGCUGCACUGUUUAAAAGCUUCACACACAGCCAGUGUAAGUGUAAUUGGACUGAGCAUUAUCGUUUUCUAGCAUCACUUUUAUUGGAGGAACGAACUAGAGUGAAGGACUGGUGAGAAGCAAUGAGCUAGUGUGAUAAUAAUAAACUGUUCUCUACAGUUCAGAGUAAACACCAUGGUGUUCUUAUGGGUUUUUGGCACCGCAGUGGUUCUUCCCCUGGUGAAAGAAAGAGGAGAGCUUUAGUGCUAGAAUUCAAUUCACAGACAGAAAUUGAUUCUUCUAAACGAGAAACGUUGAACAGAGCCGCUUGUUCUGCAUCGUGGUGUGAAAUUCGUACCUCUGUGACAUGGUCCUCAGGACCUGCUGUAGCGUGUGAAGCAUCUCAUUGGCUGUUUGGUGAUGACACUCGGACUCCAGCUAGGAGCGCUCGAGUGUCAGAAAGAUAAAAGUUAAGAGUUAGCUGGAGGUUUUAAUCAGCUCUGCCUCAGAGAUGAUUAGAGCAUUCGUUCCAAUACAAGCAGCAAAACGAUUAAGAAAAUACCUGAUACGUGACUCAGCGUCAUUAAAUCUCACCCAAGUGUCAUCAGUUCAUUUGCAUCACAACACGAUACAGACGUCAGCUGCAGACAUGCGAACUAGGCAAAUGUGUUUGUAACUCGUCAUGGUUAGCUAAGGCGUGUGUAUUGGGUGGAACAGAAACAACCUCCCAUAAGGCUCUGAAAUGACGUUCUUGCACUUCUACCAUAAAUCAACAGUUUCAGCUGAAACGUGUGACAGCAGGUUGAGCUGAAAACCAACACAGCUUUCUCUGUUUCUUUAUCUGCUUUAUCUGUUGUUGUGAUUAUUAGAUACUUUGCGGUAGCCUAUAGUAUCAGUGGCUAAUAGUCUAUGGUGUCAUGUAUCACAUGGUUUCAUGAGUGGCUCAACAAGAAUAAAGUUAGACAAACCAUAACACACACCCACACACACACACUUAAAGGCAAAUAUGAAAAGACUAAACAUGCUGAACUGAAAAGUUGUAUUAAAAAAAAAAACAUUCUGUGCUUUGCCUUUUUCCUGCUUUGACUGAACAAUGUGUAGUGUAUCUCCUUUUAGUUUUUCUUCCAAAGGCAUUUUGGUGGAAAGAAAGCUAAUGGAACGUCACAGCUGAAUCAGCAGCAUGGGUUGAAACAUUAGCCCCAGUGCACACAAACUCUAGGGGACGUUUCACUCUGUGUAAUCACCUGUCAUGUCGCUGUGUCACUGAUCAGCUGUACAGGGACUGAAAUGGAGCCUCGCUUCUUCAUACAGUUGUGUAUACUCUGUAUUUUUCUGAUUCAUCUGAUUCCACAACAGCAAAAAAUAAUCCACUGUAAGAUUAGCAGGAAAUGAUUUCAUUUUCACGGUAACAGUGAGGCUGAGCCCUGAACCACUGAACCUUUCAUAUGAUGUCUGGGGCAGUUAAAUAUGAAGGAAUUGUAAUGAUGGCUCUUUACCUUGACCUCUUUAUGAUCUCAAAUAUUAUCACAAAUACUGAACUAAAAAUAUUAUUGAUGGUGUAUCUGAAAUACACUCGCUCUAGAUGAGGGAUGUCUAACCUUAUUCAGAAAGAGCAGGUGUAGGUGCAGGUUUUCACUCCAACCAAGCAGGAGCCACACCAAGCAGGACUCCACCUGACUAAUCAGUCUUCAUGGCUUUCAGUAGACUAUCAAGUGUAGCUGGAAUGAAAUCCCGCACCAUCACCUCUGCAUGAAGUACAUAGUGAGGAGAAGAAAGGCAAUAAUAACUGAGUUCUUUGGAUUUUUUUUUAGCAAUUUUUUAAAAUGAAUUUGAUUAAAAGUCACUUUGUGAUAUUGUGACGUGUGUGCAUGCACAGAAGCAGGUAUCUUGGUAAUAUUAACCUGCCCUGAUUGAUCUGAGGAUUGAACUCAAAGCAUCACUGCGAAAAAAAAAAUCCUGUGCCUGCAUUUUUAUAGGACGUGAUACGAAUACCAGAUGGCUGCUACGUUUUGGAAGGACAGUCAAACUGAUUGCCUGAAACAGGACUGCUAGAUUAUUUCCUUCCUCAACUAUAUAAAUAAACUCUGCAUCUGUGGAAAAAGCCACCCAUGGAGAAACAGCAUAUGGAUGUAGUGAGGUAUAGGUCUUCUUUCUACAAAAUUGGAAAAGAGAUUUUUACUGAAGCAGUCGUGAAGAGUGACAUUCUGGAUCAGACUCCAGGACAGUUAGAGAAACAUAAAGAGGAGCUCAAAAAUUGUGUCAGUGUUUUAGCACUGCUCUGAUAUCUAAUCAUUUUACUAAAAUGGGGCAAUGGUGGCUCAAGUGGUUAAGGGGCUGGGUCAUUGACUGGAAGAUCAUGGGUUCAAGCCCCAGCACUGCCAAGUUACCACUGUUGAGGGCCCUUAACCCUUUUUGCUCCAGGGGUGCUGUAUCAUGGCUGACCCUGUGCUCUGACCCCAACCUCCAAGGAUG